AUGGCGCUAUGGAACAAAGUGUUGUCAGGUUUUGAUAAAGAAGAAGAGACUGUGAAUUUUGGUACACGAACGGUCGCGGAAAAUAAUGGUUCGUUGUAUGAAAUUUCUACAAUUGCCACGAUACAAUCUGACGGAAAGGUAGAAACAGAGCCAAGUGUUUUGGCAUCUGUGCAAUAUUCAAGGGUUUGCGUGGUAAUUGAUAAAUCAAUUACCAUAUUUGAGAAUGAAACAUGCAAGGAAAUAUUACUAAGUGUCAGUUUUGGAUUAUUGAUAUCCUGUUACUAUAUCUCUGACAAUGGUACAUAUCUAUUUGUUGUAUUGUCAAAUGGAGUUUUGUAUUGCCUUAAUCUGUUAUCUAAAGGGCAAAUCAUCUUUACAAAAAAUAUUACAAAAAACAGAGAUCCCAUAGUAACAAUAUUUUUGCAAAAUGAAUGUGAUCAAUAUAUUAAUAUAUAUCUUGUUGCAAGAAGUGGGACCAUUUACAGAGUUUCAAAAUUCAAUUUAAACCUGAUUGAAGUUGCUAUUUUAAAUGACACCAAUGUAACAAUAAAAGAAGUUAUAGAACAAAUUGAAUGUACAGAGUUGUUCAAAGGUUUUUCCAAUAAUGAGGUAAUAUAUGCUGCUGUAGGUAUCGUAAGCAAGGAGAUAUCAGUAGCUAUGUUAUGUUCAAAUAUGUUAUUUAUGUGGCCCAAUGAACAAUAUAAUAAUUUUAGUACUGUGAAUUACAAUUAUACCAAAGUAAAAUUCUUUAAAAAUCACAUGGCAAUGCUAUGCUUAUGUAUAGACAACACAUUAAAUAUAGUAUGCCCUAGAACUUUACUUGGUUUGAAAGUGUAUCAUAAACCAGUAUCAGACUUUGUGAUAAUUGAAAAUACUGAUAGUAGCUCGUGUCUAAUUCUUAUUUUGACAGUAAAUGAUGAUCAGUACAAUAAAUACACAUUACGUGUCCUUUCAUUCCCAGAUUUCGAACUAAAAUUUCAAAUAAAUGUACCUAUCACAACAUACCUUGUGGAAAUCAUGGAUCCCCGGGACGAAAUAAUAUUAUUCUUGGAAGGCAUUAAUAACUUUCAGAAUGAUACUAAAUACAUAGACACAAUUAGAAUAAAAGCUGUAUCAGAAAGUCUUCCAGAAUAUCAAUUCCAACGUUUAAUAAGAAGGGAGCAGUUUAACAGAGCUGAGGUUUUUGCGAGAAAUUUUAAUUUGUCCAUGGAACCUAUCUACUGUGCAAAAGCAUCAUUACUUAUAUCUCAACUUGGUCCUUGGGCAAAGAAAGGCUAUAAUUUAAUUCAAUUAAAUGAGCUUCUGAGUCUAUUUGAUAAAAUACAAAAUGUGCAAUAUGUAGUAGAAUGUUGUAGCAAGGCUCUUAUACCGCAGCAUAAGCAGAUGAGGCAAAUUUAUUUAUAUGCACGGACAAGAAUAACAGAGGACACUACAAACACGAAAACUGAUAACCAUCUGAACCUACUGUGUUUGAUUAACAAUACACUGCACAAAUUAGAAACAUUUCACUUGAUUUGGGGACAUCAAAAAGAUUUUGAUUAUUACGACGAUGAUACUAUGAAGGAAUGGAUAAGAUUUUCAAGAGUAAACUUUAUAGAAGAGUAUAAAACACAUUUAAGUUUGGGAGAAAUGGAAGCUGCUACUUUGAUUUGGACUAGACAUCUUCCAGACAUAAUGGUAUACAUAUCUGAAGAAACUGUACGAGAUAUACUUACAACUCUCCCUGAAAGAAUAUCUCCAUCCAAUCUUUGGCCAUGGUUAUCACAUUUCAUACCCACUUUACUGUCUAUUAUUCCCGGAGCUACGCGUGAAAUUAUUCUUUGGGGAUGUAAAAAAAUUAAGUCGUUCGAGCAAUCGCAUCGCAGUGCGUGGCCUCAGAUUGGAAUUGACUUUGCUGAAAAAUUUAUAAAAUUAUUCAGAUACAAAGAAAAUCGUCAACUUUUUGAUAUUCAUCGUGAAUGCCUAAGCAAAGACUCGAAUGUGAAACAACUUGUUCUUUUGAUACAAGCCAUGUCUGAUAUUAAAAAGUUGAAAGUUAAUUAUAGAUUAGCAAUAUCUCUUGAUGCGUACAUAGGAGAUCCUGUUAAAGUAUCAUACAUGUUACUGGAUAAGAUAUAUGUGGAUAUCAUCCCAGACUUUGUGAAUACAUUUUUGAAACAGUACAUGCUAAACAACUCUUUAGACAAUGAUUAUAUUUUCUCUUCGUACAUACAGAAAAUUAUAACAAAUUCUAAAAAUUGGUGGUCUGGUGAAGAAGCUCCAUGGGAGAAACGUGUUGUUGUUGUAAUUAGUUUAAUUCAAAACGUAGAGACCAGAUUACAGCAAACGUUAGAAAUCUUGAGAAAAGCUUCAGUUCCUUGGAGUUCAAGUAUGGUGAAUAUAGCAGAAAUAAGUAGUAACUUGGACCAUACUUUAGCAUCUCAAGUCAGGAUAGAAUUCAACUCUGUCCCAAUAAAGCUUAUAUUAAAAAAGUACGGCUACGAACGUAUUGGUAUAAACGAUAAAUUAAUUUACCGUAUAAUAAAAGAAAAUCAUGAAAGCAUGAUCUCACAUAUUCAACAAAUAACUAAAAAUGACCCGUUAUUACGAAAAAAGGCAUUCUCAUCUUGUAUAAAUUACUACUUAUCCAAGGGGGAUAUUGGAAAAGCAAUGGAAAUAUUGAAUUCUUUGGAGACUGAUAUUUUAUUAUAUUGUUGCGUACAAAUUGUUAAUUACGUGACGGCUAGUUUAACGUUAAAGGCAUUACCAAAAUGUGUUGAACAUUAUGUCGAAAUGUUGGGUUGGGUGAAGUUACAAUUGGAAGAAAUUUCACAAAAACUUAAAGCUCAGUCACAUUUCUGCAACAGUGUUAUUAUUAAUAUAGACGAAAUAAAAGCGAUAUAUAUCUUGAAAAAAGAAUUCCAGAUAAGUGUUACAAUGAAAGAAUAUCAAUUAAAAAAAAAGCAAAUUUUACAGACUUACAUCGAGAAAUUGCACAAUGGGGUUGUAGAGAAGAAUGGUAACUUCGUUAUUAUGUACAGACAAAUAAUGAAAGUGGCAGACUUACUUGAAAUACAAAGACUUGAUGCUGUUUCUUUGUUAUUAGAGCAGACAAAGAAUAUAGAUGUAUUUAAAUAUUUUACUAGGUUUGAAGAAGGACAAGUAAGUUUAACACCAGACGAAUGUGCAUACAUGUACCGAAUAUGUUUAACAAUGUUACAAUAUACUGAAAUGGAUGAAGAUAUUGCAACCACUAUACACAAUUUAUGUACUACCGCAUUAUGUGUUUGUGCAGAUGGUAAAUUGCAACCCAUGUUAUUAUUAGUUGCCUGUGUACGCUUGUAUCAGGAAUGUUUUAAUAAAAAUACUGCGUAUAGUUCAAAUUCGUUAGAUUCAAAGCAAGAAGAAAUUUCAAAAACGAACUGGCAAUUAUAUACAAUAUAUAACGAUUUAGCGAUCGCUGCAGAUGAACUUUUGCUACCAUUAUUUAAAGAUAUGAUCUUUGUGCAGCAAUACUAUACAGCUAAACCGGAAUCUGACACAGAAAAUCUGAUAAUAAAUGAAACUGUUGAAAAUUUCAAUCAAGAACCACUGAAAAAUUUCCUAGAUAAAAUAAGAAAAUUGAAAGUGGAACAUAAUGAUUAUUGCCUGUUGCGGAUUAUCAAGACUUUGUACUUCAAUUUUUGCAUUGUGUCAGACACAAAUUCUGCUUUAAUAACAGAAAUUAAAACACUGUAUGAUCAAUUUUUAAUAAUAUUAUUAAAAAAAGUAAUAAGUACUCGAGCAUUUGAUCUUCCACUUGGUUUAUCUUGUAUGUUUACGCUAUCCAAAUUAGAGGCAUACAAAUGGAUCUCUGCUACCUCUAAGGCGUAUCAAUCAAAUUGCACUCGACACUUCAGACUAUCAAUACUUGGAUAUGAAUAUUUUAAUUUGAGUAAAAAUCAGUCACUUAUGCAGACUUAUAAGGAUAACAAAAUGUUGCACUAUUGGGCACAGAAGUUAUCAAAAUAUUCUAUUUCAUACAAAGAAAUUUUAACCAGUGAUGCUAUAGCUAAGAGGGAAAUACUGCAACGCGUUAUGAAUUAUAGUAACGAUGAUAUGACUUCCUUAUUUCAAGAUUUUUGUACUAACUUCAGCUUCGACAUUCAAGACUGUUUAUUAAUUUAUUUACAAACAAUAGUAAUGUCAUGGAAUCCAAAAUUAAAUACAUCCAAUAUUAAUGGAAAGAAGGAAUUACGCAUUGAUGAGAGUGAAGUGAAAGGGCUUGAAAAUAAGUGCACUGCCAUAGCUGCAAAAAUUUCAGACAAAGUUGCUUUAAAGAACUGUGUUACUACUACUUUGUCACAAGUCAAUUUUUAUCAUUAUGAAGUAUUUAUAAUCCUUAUGGACCUUAUAGAAGACACAAAUAUUCAACAUAGAAAUUACUUUUGUUUCUUACAAAAUUAUACACGAAACAGCCAACCUACACAGAUAGAACGUGACGAGUGGAUGCAUCUAAAUCCAGGAUAUACAUGUCUACCACCUAUAGCAGAAUGGCGAUUGCCUUUUUUACCUAAAGUUGAAUUAUGGACACUUAUAACUCCAGAAUUAAACUUAAAAAGCUUGGAGAUGUGGUUAGACAUAGCGCCUAUUCUUAAAUUGCAACCGCACAUCAUAUGUACGUUAGCUAUUAAAGGAGAGAUUACACGUACUUGGGGGACUAAACAGAAAACUGGCAAAUGGAGUCUGUGUUCAAAAAACAGCAGUUUGUUAAACGACAUAAAAAAGUGCAUAGAACGAAUGACGGGACCGAAAGCAUUAUAUUAUGGCACAGCAGCAUUAUAUUAUGUUGUGAAUCAUACUCCUCCAGGUGCUGACCAAGUAGCAGCAGUUGAAGAAUGUUACAAAUAUGCCCAGCUAUCGGUUCAGAACUCUACUAAAUUUGAAGAAGGAAUGCUUGAGAAAAUAAAAUUCAAAUAUUUACACUUUACAUCGGAACAUAUCUUACGUACUCACGGCUUAGGAAACUCGAACUACCUAUCGUUGAUCGGAAAUCCACAUAAGUUAGUUCGUGAAUUAUACAAAGACGAAAGUAUAUCGCAAAGAUAUCGUUGCGUAAUUGAUCACAGACCUGACAUAAAUUCUGCAGUUAAUGCUAUCUGUGAAUUGUUUUCCAUCAAUAUGAUAAAACUGCGGAUGGAGUUGUUACAAGAGUGGUUGCAACCAGAUACUAAAUAUAUAAAAUUUAAUCAAAGUGUAAUGGAUACAUUUUCAAUAACAAAUUCUGAAUCAAAUUCAAAUUCUGAUGACAACUUAUUAAGGGCAUGUUAUAUUCUUGAAUAUGGAGAUCUCGAAUUGUCAGCUAACUUCCUAAUAAAUAUAGGCUUUGGUGAUGGUAACGAAGAUUAUAGUCCUGAAGCUCGUUACAGAGCUCUUCAUGUAUUACAGACCAUAGUCGAUACUGCCAAAUUAGAAGAUCUGACUAAACGUGAUAUUCAAACAAUUAGAAAUCACAUGAAGUCUCUGAAGUAUAUAGGUAAACUAGAAUCGUUGGGAGUUGAUUAUAGCACAAAUACGUUUGAAGCGUGUUCUAAACAUGAACUGGUACAAAUAUUAUGGAAAACCCAAAGAUAUUCUUCACAAGCACUUGUUUUUAUUGCGCAAAUAUGUAUAGAUUUUGAAAUAUACGAAUAUACCUUGUGGGAUAAUAAUUUAACUCAAAUAGCUAAAUUAUUAAUGAUUGAUGAACUGAAAAAGAUUUUGUUACAAGUGCGAAAUAGAAGCGUGAUUAUAAAUUGUAAUGGAUACCUGUUAGGAUGGCAAGCAGUGAUUUCAGAACCAUUCAGAAAAAUGGAUCACAAUCCAACUUCUGAACAAAUAAACAAUUGCCUCGAAACGUUACAACUAUUAUAUUCAUGUCCUGUUGUGCAUAUGUUGUGCUUUAAUGACACUAUAAAAUAUUGUUUUCAGUGCCAACAACCGCAUUUAGCUGCUGCACUUUUACCCUUUCUAAACGGUAAUGAUAAAAACGAUGUUUUAGAGAAAAUUAAGAACACGUCAAAUGUUCCGAAAAUCCUAGAAGAUUUAAAUAACUUGUCCUUAAAUGGAAUACUCUGCGUGCCCUAUUGUAAUAAGAUGAUACAAAAUGUACUACUAAAAAAUGAAAUUCCAUGA